UUCUUGCCAGAUAGCCAGCAUCUCGCAUCAGCAUUAAGUAAUAAGGCAGUCAAUAUCUGGGAUACUAUAACAGGCCACUGCGAGGCGAUGCUUGAGGGCCAUAGCUUCCCGGUUAACUCUGUGGCCUUCUCGCCAGAUAGCCAGCACCUCGCAUCAGCGAACAGUUGGACCACCAAGAUCUGGGACGCCAGGACGGGCGGCUGCCAGGCGACGCUCGAGCUCGAUAUGAAUGAGGAGGACGAAUAUGUUUUCCAAUUCGACAAGACCGGCGCUCGCCUUCAUAUGAAUAUUGGCACGUUCGACCUCAGCCUGCUCUCAUCCUCGCCGCCCGCUGCACUGCGUGCAUCCAGCCUUCGGCAUCACCUACGUCAAUGUCAAGGCUAUGGCAUUAGUGUUGAUCGUCUAUGGAUCACAUAUGAAGCUCAAAAUCUGCUCUGGCUCCCGCCGGAGUAUCACCCGGUGGCAUUAGCGAUCGUGGCAUCAACUGUAGUGCUCGGAUGUAAAUCGGGACUGGUCUUGCUAUUCCGGUUCUCGGAGACAGCUACUCGUUAG